AGUGAGGACCGAAAAAAGUUGUGUCAAAAACUGUGGUGUAACCGACUAUGUGUUAAGUGUGUGUAGAUCGGAAAGUGUACGCAAUGGAUCUUCACCCACCUCCCCUGAUUGUUCAUGGAUAUGAGCCCCAUGCUCCUCUGUUGGAGGUUGAGGGUCGACCCCAUAGUCCGCAGCAGAAGGUGCUGAUUCAUGCGCCUACGCUGCAGAGUCAGGAGUUGAUGGGUGAUCAUCGGAAUGGAGAAUACGACUUUUCAGAUGAGCAGUACCACGCCCACAGCAGCAACCAGAGUGGAGACGGCCACGGCGGUGUGAACCAACUGGGCGGCGUUUUCGUCAACGGCCGGCUACCCGACGUCGUCCGGCAAAGGAUAGUGGAACUGGCCCACAGUGGCGUACGGCCCUGCGACAUCAGUAGACAACUGAGGGUGUCACAUGGCUGUGUCUCGAAGAUACUAUCUAGGUACUACGAAACCGGGAGCUUCAAAGCCGGCGUGAUCGGCGGCUCGAAGCCUAAAGUCGCCACGCCGCCCGUCGUUGACGCCAUCGCGGCGUACAAAAGAGAGAACCCUACUAUGUUCGCUUGGGAAAUAAGAGACAGACUGCUGAGCGAAGGGAUCUGCAGUCAGGACAACGUACCUAGUGUUUCUAGUAUAAAUAGGAUCGUCCGGAAUAAAGCAGCAGAAAAGGCGAAGCAUGCGCACAACCAGCAACAGCAGCAAGAACAGGAAAUUUCCUCGGCGCAAGGCAGCGUAGUAUCUGUAAUAACCCACUCGGGUAACGCAGGUACAACAGCCGUUCCGGGCAGUUAUAGCAUCAAUGGCAUCCUUGGCAUUGAGCAGGUCGAAGGUCUACAUAAUGGAAACGGGUUGAAGAGAAAGCGGCAUGAAGACCAGGAUGAGAACCGAGACUUCAACAGUCAUUCGGAAGACGACGUGAAACGACAAAGGAGUCACUAUAAUGGCGAUCAAAUAUAUUCUAAUCUCUGGUCAUCAUCAAAAUGGAGUCUCAAAGACGAGUACAAGCUACUCUCAGAGCUCGGUGGCGCCGCUGGCGGGGCGACGGGGUACUACGGAGAGUUGUUUGACACGCCGUACGAACACGCCGCUCAUCCCCACUAUACUCCUCAUUCUGCAACAAAUGACUCAACGGGUUCGAACGGGGGCGCUGGCGGAGAACCGCCAUCGGCUGCAGCGAGUCCUGACGCGGCGGCGCUAGUGGUCUUACAACCACCGGCACCGCCUUACCCUCCAUACGCACAUUAUGACGGCGCAACGACACUGGCAAGCGAGUACGCAUACGCGGCGCCGUACUCGCAAUACUCGCCAUACCCCGCCCCAUACUCGCACACCACCGGUCUGCUCACCAAGUGAUAUCAACGUACGCCGUGUGAGCAAUAGCGGUGGGCAAGUGAUAACAGACACUGAUAACGUGUGUAAAACAAUUUGGAAACAUGUCAAUAUCUGUCAAUCUGUCAAUGUAGCUGUGUUCGUGUUUUUUGGUAACAUGGUCUCUGAGAUAUUUAUGGUUUUAUCUAUAACUGUGUCGCUAUGUAGAAUUCAUAUUUCAUUUUUUUUAUAUUUAUCGAUACAGACUCAUGUUGGUUUUGAGCUCUUCAAAUUAAGGCCAAAAAGCACAAAAAUAAUGUUUGAACAGUUUCAAAUGAAACAAAAUCGUUUAGUGUCAAUGUUAAUAGUUUCGUCCCAAGUCAUGUGUUUGUGGAUUUAUUUACUUUUUAAUGAAAAUGCGAUAUUAUAAAUAUAUAAAAUGUCAUGUUACCAAAAAGAAUAAUCUACUUCAACAUUACAAAUCAAUUGUGUAUACUUCAUUAAGGGGUGCCUAAACUGUCGCGAUUUCAUCCAAUUUCUGGAGUCCACAAUCCCGUCAGUAAGGCCCUUUACUCAUUAUGUAAAAUAUGGACGAGAGAGCCAAAGUGUUGAUUCUUUAAGACUUUGUAAAUAAUGUAUUCUAUACUUAAUUAUAGUUAUGUCGUUCUUAGAUAUAAGAUUCUCAUUUGUUUUACCUCAAAAUAGUUACAAAUGUAAUGUAAAAUUGUCGCAAUUUUUUAGUCGAUA